AUGAUAGAUCCUUUUCAAAAGCUGCCGGCAGAGAUCAUCAUCCAGAUUCUCGAGUCUUGUUGGGACUUCACAAGCUUGGAUGGGCUACUACAGAUCUCAUCAAAUGCCAAUGAGGUCUUCGAUACAUACUACCCUAACAUUACUGAGGCAGUCCUGGCCUCUUGUUCCAUGACAUCAGGGUUCAAUGGCCAUAAAUUUCGAUUGGUUGUAGCCAUCCAGGCUGCAGCCAUUGGGCCGCGCACAUUACGGAAAUUCCUGCAAGACAAGGAUUGGGACCCAAUGCCACCAGUCAUGGAGUCCAUAUUUUGGUCGCUGGAUUGCUCUACCCCCAUUCGUCAGGCGAUCAAGACAGCUGCUAAGGUUCAUCGUCUUGCUUGUGUCUGUUACGACUCAUUCAUCGAGAAUAUCAAAAAGGCCAAACCAGCCCGCCCGAAUGUGAACGAGGACGAGAUGCAUGACUGGCUUUGCUUCAGUGAACCAGUACGAUCAACAAUACUGUUUCCGCCUGAUGCUAUCCACCAUCCAUCCUUUGUCGAGCAGUUCUGGCUUCAUCGUGCUCUCUGGGCAUUUGAGCUGUAUUCUUAUAUUUACAGGGCUGCAACAACACGCUGGGCCUGGUCCCCCAAGAAAGUAGGUCGAUACACUGGCGCGUUUCUGAUAUUUCCCAAUGAGAUGAAUUGGCACGAAGAUGAGCAUCACACCAUCACUCAAUGUAUGAGAUGCCUGUCACGCAAGGCGCCUAUCCAACUCAGCUCUUACUACCCAUGGCUGAUUGAGCUGCCUUCCCCGGACGACCUCAUUAUCAAUUCCUGCUGGGCAUUGCCAGACCCGGUGGACAUAAAUGAUCUCGGGAACAAGGUCGAUCGCUCGUGGGGAAGGGGCCCUGGGUUUGCAAAGUAUCCCGGCCCUGGUAUGGGAACCUUUCGUUCGCUUCUUUUAGAAAAUCAUGUCAAGCCUGAUAGUCCUUUACAUCAAUGCGAUCUCCGAGUUUUUCGAGGGCUGGGUAUCUCUUUCUGGGAUGAAUGGCGAUUGUAUAAGAUGGGAUUACAAAGGGAAAUGGGGUUCACCACACAGCCGAGACCUGAGUACCCGAAACCCAUCACGGAUGUCUUGUACACCUGGUACAGCUUAGUGAAGGAUGAGGAUUUAGUGGACAAAAAUACUUUCCCUUUUAGAAGGCGAUUCUCUUGGUAUGUUCGAUGA